AUGGCUAACAAGUGUGUUAAAGGAAAGAACUUUUUUAGAUUCAUCCAACGUAUUUAUAUUAUCUUUGCAAAUUCUACUAAGAGGUGGGAAAUUUUGAAAGAUAAUGUUAAAUCAUGGAGUCUUAAGUCAUUAUGUCAAACUCGUUGGGAAAGCCGGGUUGAGAGUGUAAAGGCUAUUAAAAUGCAACUUGUUGAUGUACGUGAAGCUUUACUUCAAGUUGGAGAAAAAGAUAAUGAUGCUGCAAUUGCAAGUGAAGCAACUUCACUAGCAGAAAAAGAACUUAGUGACUUUGAAUUUGUGGUAUCAAUUGUGUUUGAAAUAAACAAAUUGAUUGGGUACUUCAAGGAUUAUAGAGAGAAUGGUUUUUCAAAAGCGAUUGUUGAAACUAAGGAAAUUGCUGUUGAAAUGGGUAUUGAUCCAAUAUUUCCACAAAAGCAUUCGAUUGAAAGGAAAAAAGGUUUGAUGAGAGCUCAAGUAGCGAAGAAGUUUCAUUUACACCUAAAGAGAAUUUCAAAGUCAACUAUUUCUUAUACAUUGUUGAUCAAGCUAUUUCUUCUCUUGAGACAAGAUUUGAACAAUUCAAAGAAUAAAGAUCUUAAGUUAUAUUGUUAUCGUCUUGAAAAAGCACUCAAGUUUGAAGAAAGAUCGGAUAUUGAUGCCGAAAAACUUUAUACAGAGUUGAAAUUAUUUGAGACAUUGGAAACCAAUGAAUUUAGCAACCCUAUAGAUGUUUUGAAGUUUUUGAAAGAACUUGAUUAUUUCCCAAAUGCAAGCAUUGCAUAUAGAAUAUUGUUGACUAUUCCAAUAACGGUCGCAUCUGCAGAAAAGAGUUUUUCCAAAUUGAAAUUUGUGAAAUCUUACUUACGCUCCACAAUGACUCAAGAAAGACUUAGCGGUUUGGCGAUGAUAUCUAUCGAGAACGAAAUCUUAGUGAAUAUAGACUACGAACAGUUGAUUAACCAAUUUGCAAUCAAGAAUGCUAGGAGAGCUUCAAGGAUUGUCGGUUAG